AUGGCGGCGGCUGGCGCGGAUGGGCUCCCUCCGGGGCUCAGAUUCGACCCCAGCGACGACGAGCUCGUCGGCCGGUACCUGCUCCGGCGCCUCCAGGGCCAGCCCCUCCCGCUCGACGGCGUCGUCCUCGAUGCCGAUCCCCUGAGCGCGCAGCCAUGGAGGCUUCUCGCGGAUCACGGCCGGGGCGGCGACGAAGCCUUCUUCCUCGCGGAGGCGCACGCCAAGAACGCCAAGGGCAAGCGCCAGAAGCGCACCGUCGAGGGUGGAGGGUUCUGGCAGGGGCAGAGGAUGUGCGUCGACGGCAAGAAGCUGCUCGUCCCCGGCGGCGACGACGGCGGCGGCGGCGGCGAAGUACUGGAGAUCGCGUGGCGCAAGUAUGUCCUGAGCUUCUUUGCCGAGGGGGAGAGGGGGAGCUCGGGGUGGGUGAUGCACGAGUACUCCGUGACGGCGCCGGCUGACCUCGCCUCGUCGCCGCUCCGGCUCUACCGCAUCCGAUUCAGCGGCUACGGCAAGAAGCGGAAGAGAGAGCCGGAAGACGACGGUCGAGCACAUGGCGCGCCCCGGCGGGCUGAGGCGGAGACUGCUCUGUUCGAUCUGGAGGUCGGGCCACCGCCACCGCCACUGCUCGUUCCUCCUCCCGCGGCGGCGGCGGCGGAUCAUGGCACCGAUCAGAGCUCCUCCGGUGUGACCGACAUGGUGUUCCGUGAUCUUCCCGACCUGAUCGCUGAUGCUGGAGCUGCUCUGCCCGAUCAGAACCAACAGGAUUGGUCUGAAGUCGCCGAUCAGAGCUCCUUCUGUGUGAUGGGCGAUGACUCUUCUCUGCUGCUCCCUGAUCUUCCUGGGAUGAUUGAUGACAAUGAGCACCAGCAGUUUGUGCGCGAGUGCGACAUGCCACACCUGUUCGUCCCGCAAGCAGAGGAAGCCAUUGCUGGUGGUGGUGCAGCAUCGGCGCCAUCGGCGGACAACCAGAACUGCGAGUUCAAUGACGGCGAGGACAUGGCAUUGUCAGAUUUUGAGUUUCCGGAGAGUAUUGAUGAGGUGCUUAGCUACAUCGACUUCAGCACGAGCGACACGAGCUGCCGCGACUUCACCAUGGACGAGCUGUUCGAUCUGCCGGUGGACUAGGAGAAUGAUAGCAAGAAAUCAGCACUUAAGUAGCGUUCUGAAGAGUGAAGAUAGCUGUUAUAUGGAUGACCUUGUAGGAAGAGAUUUUCAGUGGUUUGUAGACUGUAGUGCAGAGGCAAAUAGUUGUGCAAUGGCAUGUA